AUGACCUUCCUGCCCGCCACCUUCGUAUCGACCAUCUUUGGAACAAACUUCUUCUCUUUCGAGCCUCGUGAAGGGGGACAAGGCACGUCCUUUGCUGUGUCUGGCCACUUCUGGAUCUAUUGGGCUGUGUCGAUCCCGAUGACUAUGGCUACCCUUGCACUGUGGCUAUGGUGGAGCCGGUCAGGAGGCCGGUUAAACGUGGCUGUGGGGAGAUCCAUAGCCUUGUCCGCCGUCUAG